UUUAUUUGUUUGGAACCAUUCAAGAUACUAGUAUACAAGGGAGAAAAAGUGUGGGGGGAAAAAUGGAAAAGACCUGACAAAUCCUUGUGAUUUUAUUUGUUUUAACUUGGCUCCAUCUUUACUUUAAAGGAUGCUCCUUGGUCCUCUCUUUCCUCACCAAGCUCACCAUUCCAAUAAGCUAAACAUCUUCAAGAGAAAAAAUAAAAAACAUGGCCACAAGCCAAGCUACAUUCAACCAUGAUGCAGAUGAAGAGUACAUAGAUAUGGAGGUAAGUUCACCCUCCAGGUUCUUGUGUUACUCUAUAAACUCUCCCCCACAAAGCAGAGAGUUUGAGUUCCAAAUGUGUUCAGUUGACUGCAAUGGAGACAUUACCUCAACAACUUCACCUGCAGAUGAGCUUUUCUACAAGGGAAAGCUCCUUCCUCUUCAUCUUCCUCCUCGGUUGCAAAUGGUUCAGAAGCUACUGCAAAGCUCCAACAGCUCUUCAUCGGAAAGCAAGACUGAAGCACCCUUUGAAGAAAAUGGUCAACUUCAUUUCAUAGGCUCUACAAUUGCUUCAUUAAAUGGAAGUAGUCUAUUGGAAUCCUGUAGGGUGAGUAGUGAACUAAACCCCGAUGACUAUUUCUUUGAAUGGUCAACUGAAAUGAAUGGCUUCACAGGCAAUAAUUCGAACAAGUCUUGGUCUAAAAAGCUUAAACAGAUGAAGCAAUCCUCUAUAACCCAAAAGCUCAAGGCAUCCAGGGAGUAUCUUAAGUCAUUGUUCAGUAAAUCUGCUUGUUCAGAUGAAUCUUGUGCCAAAGCAGAUGUUUCAAAGACCAAAGAAUGUGCAAACAAGUACAUGAAAAUGGGAAAGAAGAACCCAUUUGGAAAGGUUGAUAAAGGUAGAUACAAAAUAUUCAUGAAGACUAUUGAUAGGGAGUUGGGUGAGGACGUUAGAGAUAUCCAUAGGAGGUCAUUUUCAGGGGUAAUUCAAAAGCAUUCUGCAAUAAAGACUUCAUCUUCAUCAUCAACAUCUUCAUCUGGUUCUUCUUCUUCUUCAACAUCUUUUUCUUUAAGUUCAAGUGGAUUCUGCGAUUUACAGUUGCUGAAAAGGAGCAACAGUGCCAAUUCAGAGAUUGAGAAUUCAAUUGAAGGGGCAAUUGCUCAUUGUAAGCAGUCUCAGAAACUUGGGGUCUGUUCACUUUCUGCUUCAAAGAUUUCUGUUUGUGGGGACCAAGAAAGACCAGAACUUUGCAGCAUUUGAAUGUCAAAAAAUACUUUACAAAGACUGGAAAUCCACCAUAACGAGAAGAAAAAAAUAAACCGAAGUUGAUUAAGAUGGGUACCCAGUUCCUGCUACAUUCUUCAAAGUGAGUGCCAUUUGAUAUUUUAGAUACUUUGCAUGAUUUUUCCAGCACUGUUAGACAAGACCCUUUUUUAUUUUUUUUGGUUUUUAAUGUUGCUGUAAUACGUUUCCAUGGAAUAAUAUGUUGAAAAUCCAUCAUCAUCAAUAAUAAAGCAAAAAAUGAUUAGGAUUCUUCCAUGGAAGCUUAUCUUUCAAAAUCAAAUGGUCUAACCCCACCAACCAAAUUGCAUGUUGUACUUGCUCAAGUUAUUGCAUGAUUGGAAUUGCUUGAAUCCAGUA